GAAGAUCGAUUUGCUGAAAGAACGCCAUUGGAUUGCCAUGCCCGUCGAGCGUGACCAUUUUUUUGUUCACAUUUCCCCCUUUGCAAUUCAUUCUAUGGGCUUAAAUGAACUAAUGGGGGAAGAGUAAUUCUGGCCAUUGCUUAAGUCAAUCUCAGCUCCCUCUUCCAUCCUCCAGCCAAGCGUAGUGUAGGUGCUGCCCCGGCCACGUCGACGACUGACGUGGCAGGCGAAGGAUUUAGAUAUGGUUUUGGCCAAUGGUUAGGAGGGUCCUGUCAGGAGAUGAGCAGCGAGCAGCUCGCUCGAAAGCCAUACAGAGCUCCGGCGCAGCGACGAAGAGGCGGGUCCUUCGGAUUAUGUCUCUCGCGGCCACCCCCCACUCCGCCACUGUCUGCCGGAACUUCAACCCAUUCGGCCUCCGACGGAUAACAUGCUCCUCCUCCGAAUCCAACCCGAGGCGUGGCUUUGGGACCAAGAAGACCAACAAAAUCUCCAAGGACGGCGAUCCCUCCUCCCAAAAGAGGAAAUCCACGCUCGAUCAGCCUGGUCGUCUACCGAGUCAGGCACCUGGUGUAAGUUCCAGGUUUGAUGGGAACUAUAGAAAAAGUACUUCUACCGACCUUGACUUUGAGGAACGGCUGAAAGCAGUUAGAAGGUCAGCAAUUGAGCAGAAAAAAGUAGAUGAAAUGAAAGGAUUUGGAGCUAUUGACUAUGAUGCACCGGUUGAGACAGAUGAUAAAACCAUUGGACUUGGUACAAAGAUUGGAGUUGGACUAGCAGUUGUCAUCUUUGGUUUGGUUUUUGCUCUUGGAGAUUUUCUUCCCUCCGGAAGUGAUAGUCCCUCUGAAGAAGCAGUGGUGGCCAACAAGAAGCUCUCAGAAGAAGAGAAAGCUACUCUUCAGAAAAGGCUGCAAGAGUUUGAAGCCACACUUACUGCUUCCCCAAGAGAUACCACAGUGCUUGAAGGAGCUGCAGUAACAUUAGCAGAACUAGGGGAGUAUACUAAGGCAGCUGCUCGGCUCGAGGAGUUGACUAAGGAGAAAUCUAAUGAUCCUGAUGCUUUCCGUUUACUUGGGGACGUCAAAUUUGAACUCAAAGAUUAUGAAGGGAGUGCUGCUGCAUACAGGACUGCGAGCAAGUUGUCCACAGAUAUCAAUUUUGAAGUUCUGCGUGGCCUUACAAAUGCAUUACUUGCUGCCAAAAAACCAGAUGAAGUGGAUCUGCAGGCUGUUAGAGUACUCCUGGCCUCUCGAGACCUCAUGAACUCAAAAAAGCCAAAUGUUGAGGCAGAUGGCAAUACCAUGGAAAGAAGUAAGCAGAACGUGGAUCCUAUUCAAGUUGAUUUACUUCUUGGGAAAGCCUAUUCAGAUUGGGGCCAUGUUAGUGAUGCAGUAUCUGUUUACGAUGGGCUCAUCUCUAGUCACCCAAAUGAUUUUCGGGGGUACCUCGCAAAGGGAAUUAUAUUGAAAGAGAAUGGUAGAGCUGGAGAUGCAGAGAGGAUGUUUAUACAAGCACGAUUUUUUGCACCAGAGAAGGCCAAGGCACUUGUGGAUCGUUAUGCAGGACAGUGAGUGACUUUCUCCACUGCAUUCACUUGUUAGGGACGGGAGCCUUGACUCAAUUUAAAAGUCCAUUUGGCUUUAUAGGAUUGUAUAGACAUGAGAUAGAUGACUGCUUGUAUGAUUUCGUUUGAGUUGUUUUAUAUAAUGAAUGGAUAUUAGAAAGGUUUAUUUCUUGUAGUCUGUCGAAAUCUAGAGCCAUCAAAGACCGAGGUUAUGCUGUUCUUUUAUUUUUGGCUCCUAUUAUUUGGAAUUUCAUUUAGAUGGAUUAAUUCAUCCCCUUGAUGCCUUGUCGUG